CUGAUCCAUUUUUUUUUGCAGUGCACAUCAUUUUAUUUUGUUUAUGAACCUAAUGGAAUGAAACGAAUCACGUGUAAAAUAGUCAUAUAGAAAUAUGCAUGGGACUGGGAGGAUGCAGAGUGUGUGUGUGGGUGCACUUUUGCUGUGUUUUGUAACAGAGCAAUGCUCUUGUGGAAAUCCUGCAAAGUUGCUACAGCUUACUGCUGAGGGCUUUAAAGAGCACGUGCAGAGUGGAAAAACAGCUCUUAUUUACUUUGGGAAAUACGCUGAUCCAGAGGUUCAGACGUUUCUCAAGCAGUUAGAGACGUCUGCUGUGGCGUUGGAGGACUACGGCAUGCUGGUGGUGAUGGUGAACUGCUCCAUAGAAAACGUCGCAGAUUACUGCACAGAGGAAGAAGUGAUCCGGAAAGCAUAUUUAUUCAGAGGUGCGGAUGUCCUGAAAAGUUUUGAGAUUGAGACCAUUUUCGACGUCAACGCCAUCGUGUCCCACAUGCUGUUCACCGUGCUCUUCAAUGAGGUUCGCUAUGUUCACACACCAGCUGAGUUGAUCAGCGUUGAAAGACUGGCGAAGGGAAAGACGGACAUCGUGAUGGGUCACAUACCUGCACUCGGCCUUCCCGAGCAUCGGGCUUUAAUGGAGGUGGCGUUUGUUUACGGAGGGAAGUACCAGUUUGUGCAGACCACCGGGGUUCCUCUACUCAAAUACAUGGGGAUUGCGGAUGCGUCCUCUGUCCAGGCACGUCUCUGGUUCCUCCACUGCAUCGGUGCGUCCCACCCGUCUCACCCUUGUCCACACACGCUCAUGAGAAAGCCACUGAGCACGAUCAACAUACACACUUUCCUUCAGCUGAUGGAGGCACCAGCACUGAUCGAGGCAGACGCAGAUCCCGAUGAUGUCGAUGUGAUCUAUAAUCACCUGAACGUACCCGUGCUGUUCCUGUUCGCUCAGCCCGAGACGCUGCUCAUGGACCGGAGCACGGCUGAGACUCUGGCCUUGAAGCUACGGGGAGAGAUCGGCCUCGUCCUAAUCAACAGGGACACUCCCAGGGUAAAAACUCCACUCAGAUAUAAUGCUGCUUAUCGACUCCCGCAUGAGGAAGUGAAGUAUUUUACUUUGAAGAAUGUGGAAGAAGUCGUUAACCUCAUUCGAGGAAGAUUGUUUCAAGAAGAAAAAGAGGAAGAAGAAGAGGAGGAGGAGGAGGAAGAUCACUGGGCCUCUUUAGAUGUUUUGGAUGAUGAAGUGGCAGAAUCGGUGUACCGAGACCGUGGUGUAGUUCUGGACCUGGAGUCUGUCUCAGAGCUCACAGCAGACACUUUCAGCGCUGCAGUAGCACAGAACGGCCUCACGGUGGUGCUCUUCUACAUUAAAUGGGACGCCGUGUCCACGGCAUUUCUGCACUCGUAUGUCGAGGUCGCCGAUGCUCUUGAAGGUGUGAGUGAUGUCACACUAGCCUCGAUAGACUGCAGCGAGUGGACGUGUGUGUGUGAUGAUCAGAAUGUCUCCUCUUUCCCCUCCGUCCUGCUGUUUCACCCGGGCGAGGGCGCUCACCUUUACAAAGGCAUGAUGGGAACCGAGAGCCUGUAUAGAUUCAUCCUGAUGAGUCGACUCUCCGUCCCAUUCAUUCUUUCAUCCUCGGAUGAAGUCUUGUCAUUCCUGGAAGGGGAUCUCUUUGACCGACACUCUUCUCUCUCGCCCGUCAGAGUGCUCGGCCUUUUCACACCUGAAGACCCGGAUGUGGCCAUUUUUGAAGAAGCAGCAAAAUAUCUAAGGGGAGAAAUGAUUCUGGGCCUGUUUGAGCACAAGGAGGCAGAGAGAUGGGCUCAGGGGCAUUCUGUGGUGUUGCCUGCUCUCCUGGUGUCUCGCGGUCCUGGAGUUCGGAGAAAAGCUCGUUCCCUUCUUUUGUCAACAUUACAGGACAUGAUCUCACACAUCAGGAGAGCGACGCUUGAAACAUUUCCUGAACUGACAGUACAGAACCUGCCCUGGUACUUGGAGCUCAGGAAGCCGUUGCUAAUCAUGUUUGUUGGGGAAGAAGAAAGUCCAGAGACCUCGCAGUCUCUAGAGGAGAUGAGGAAAGCCGAGAGGACUGGACGUCUGGACUCGGCGCAGCCGUGCUGGAUUCAUCUGGGUCGGACGCCUUCUGGAAGAGCGGUUCUUGAGACGUACCUAAGCUACGUUCCUCCUCUUCCUGCUUUGGUGCUCUCGCACCUGAGCUCAGAUGGGGGGGUUUAUCACUUUCCAACAGAGCGCCCUCUGCUGUCUGAACACAUCAUACGGUGGCUGCAGCGGAUAGAGAACAACCAGGAGCAGCCUGCAGGUGUGAUUCCAGAUAAAGCCUGGCGUCCCCCUGUGCCGUUUUACGACUUUCUGGCCGUUAUGGAUGAAGAGGCACCGGGUUACGCGGCUCAGCAGCGCCCUAAAGGAAAACCUGCAGACAAAAAGGACGAGCGAGAAAAGGGGACACGACAUGCUGGAAGAGCAACGACUCUCAAACCUCAAACGGCUCCUCAUCACACUGAACUGUAGCCGUUUCAUUUUGCUUUUGUAUUAUAUAUAUAUUUGUAAAUUAUUGUAGCUUUGUACAGAGGAUAAGAGUCAUUAUCAGUCAUUCCUGUCUUGCCUGAUUUCUACUUGAAGCAAAUAGCUCCGAUACAGUACCACUGAGUUCCUGUAAUUAGGAGUGUUUCACUGACUGAGUCACGAUUGCUUUUCCAUCUUCUUUACUUCGUGCUGUUCUGCUUCUGCCAUUGAAAGUAACAUAACAAACCUGGGAUUAAUUUCCUGCAUUGUAAAAGUUGCCUCUUAGAUCUUUUAGAAUUUUCAUCUGUGUUUUUUUCCCCUUUACAGAUCCAAGUGUAUGAAAAAGAAAAGUUUUUUUUAUGGUAAAUUGUUUACGCUUUUACUCUUGAAACAUUAAAAGAGUGUCAUGUACGAUGGGA